AUGUUCCUGAUCUCAUGGGGCUUGGUCAGGUUCCACGGUUUGCGUAGUCCUCUCUCGGAGGAGUUCUAUGCGAUAGUAUUGGACGAACUGGAUCCAGAGGAGACGGGACGGAUAUACUUGGAUGAUCUGCAGGAGCUCUACCAGGCUGUAUGGGAUGAGAGGCGGACAGGCGUGCUGAAUCCGGAUGCACCAUUGCCGACUAUUGGUGAUGAGGAAGAGGCUGCGGGGAGACGGGCCUUAGAGGCCCUAACUGCCGAGCUCCCUCCUCCUACACCUAUCACACACAGGCAUGUUGUGGAGGGGAGUAGUAGGAAAAGCAGUGGGGAAAUGGGGAAUGAGGUGGAGAGAGAACAUGGUGAGGAAGGAUUGGGGGUAGAAAAAGAGGAGGAAAUGGUGGUAGAGGAGGCAGUGAAGGGAACGGUCGUAAGGGAGGAAGAAAAGGGAAUUGUGGUAGAAGAGAAGGAGGCAGUAAUGGUAGUGAACAAUGGCAAUGAGUUGGUGUGUGAAGAGAUGAGAGAAGGACAAACUAUGGGAGAGCAGGGGGACGAGAAAGGUGAGAGGAAGUUGGAACCGGAGGAGGAGGAGGGCAUGACUGUAGUGGCUAGGGAGGAAGAGGUAGCUGUUGAGGAGCAGGGAGAGAUGAUAGUAGUAAUGGAUGGGGAGGUGCCGGUGUUGGAAGGGUUAGAGGAAGGUCGGCAGGAGGUCGCCCUUCCACAAGCAGAUGCUGAAUCAGCAUCUGCCGAGGAGGAGGCUAGUCCCAUUUAUGGGGAUGCAAUCAUACAAGAUGAUUCAUGCAAGAGCAA